AUGCAGACAAUUUUUUCUCUUGUAAAUGCUUUCAACCAGAGAACUACAGCUGUUGGUUUCGGAUUGGACAGCCUCUUAAGACUUAACAAAACGUGUGACAGGAGCAAUAAAACGGCUCUCAUGCAUUAUCUUUGUAAGGUGCUUGCAGAAAAACUGCCUGAACUUCUAGAUUUUUCCAAGGAACUUGGCAGCUUGGAACAUGCAUCAAAGAUACAACUAAACUUCUUGAGAGAAGAAAUGUACGCGAUGACAAAGGGACUAGAUAAAAUAGUCCAAGAAAAGAAAUUGUGUAAAAGAGAUGCACACGUGUCUACACGCUAUCGGAAGUCUCUGAAAAAGUUUCUUGCUUUUGCGGAACUUGAAGUGAAGACACUGUGCUCACUCUACUCUUGGGUGGGUAAAAGUGUGGAUAAUUUAAUUAUUUACUUUGAAGAAGACCCUACUAAAUGCUUAUAUGAAAAAGUUGUUCAAACUUUGUGUGUGUUUGUGAGAAUGUUUAGUCAAGCCCAUGAUGAAAACUGCGAGCAAAUAUAG